AAGUCAGCCGCCUCUCCUUACAUCUUAACCCUAAUCCAAUCAUUAGGGUGCUGUCAACGAGGUGAAGACCGCCGCUUCUUCAUCUAACUCGUGCUGGUGAUCGACUACAUCGGCAAAGUCUCUUCAUCACACCAGCGACCUCUUCACCAUCAUCAGAUGGCGUCACCGAACUCAGCUCUUAACGCUUCCUCUAUUGCCGCCACUAUUGACGGCAUAGAGCAACUCACGGGCAAUAAUUUUCCUGCUUGGAAAGCUAAGGUGACUGUUGUCCUUGGUGUUUUAGACCUGGAUUAUGCACUCAGGGUUGACGCUCCCACAGCUCCCACCGUUGGCGUGGAAAAUUAUGAUGAACUAAAGAAAACUUAUGAUGCACUUUCUGAGAAGUGGGAGCGGUCCAACCGCAUGUCUCUUAUGAUAAUGAGGAACUCAAUAUCAGAUGCUAUAAGGGGAGCAAUCCCAAACUCAGAAAAAGCUAAGACGUACUUGGCAUCUGUGGAGGAGCAAUUUAAAGGCACCUCCAAGGUUUAUGCCAGUACGCUGAUUCAGAAGCUCCUCAACACUAAGUAUAAUUAUGGGUCUGGUGGCAUAAGAGAACACAUCAUGAUGAUGACAGAUAUGGCUGCCAAACUCAAGGGCAUGGAUAUGGAAAUCUCUGAGGGUUUCCUUGUCCACUUCAUUAUGACCUCUCUCCCUCCUGAGUUUACUCCCUUUAAGAUAAAUUACAACACUCAGAAAGAGAAGUGGAGCAUGAGCGACUUGAUCGCAAUGUGCGUCCAAGAGGAAGAGAGGGUGAGGGCUGAAAAUAAAGAUUUUGUGAAUCAAAUAAGCAGCCCCAAGAAUAAAAGAAAAUUCUAAGGGGAUUUCAAGUCUAAGAAAAGGUUGCAUUUCGUCGCUAAACACGACAAGGCAGCACAGAGGGCGCCCAAGGCAUUUGCUCCUUCUGCUCCUGCCUCUCAAGAAUCUAAAGAUGACGGAUGCCACUUCUGCCACAAGAAGGACCACUACCAAAAGGAUUGUGUUGGUUUCCUGAAGUGGCUUGCAAAGAAGGGUAAUGAUUUCAUAACAUUCAUUGAUGAAUCACUUUAUGCUGAUUUUUUCCUUAAUUCAUGGUGGAUUGACUCAGGUGCCACUGUGCACGUUACCAACUCCUUACAGGGAUUCCUUACCGCGAGAACAUUAAGAAAGGGGGAGCGAAGUCUUAGAGUGGCCAAUGGGAAGGAAGCUCAAGUUGAAGCUAUCGGAUCCUUUCCAUUAGUUCUUAAUAGUGGCUUCACUCUUAGAUUAAAUAAUGUAGUUUAUGUUCCUUCUAUGAGGAGGAAUCUCAUUUCAGUUUCGAUGUUAGAUGAUGAUGGUUUUCAUUGUAAUUUCGGAGACAAUAAAUGUAUUCUUAAAUUUAAUUCAGAGGAUAUUGGUCUUGCCAUCCGACAAGACAAACUUUA